AUGGUGCGCGUGCCCGGAUCUUCUGAGGCCUCUGGAUUUCACCGUGAGUCCACUGGCGAAGAUGUCAAGAUUAAGCAAGAACCUGGGAUUGAAGUGUCAGCGACAAAGGGAUCGACGCAGACACGCAGAAGCACAAGAUCCUCAGAUCAUCAGAGUUUUGGGAGGGGCUCUGAUGAAAUGAAAAUGAAAGAGGAAGAUCGAGAGAUCGAUCUGGAAGAUAAACCUCAAUUCCCUCCUAGGGUCCCUUCGGGGGCCACCGCAGAUCGCUCUGCAAAGAGCGAUCUGCUGGAUGAAAAUCCAAUGGUGAAAACCAAAUCGGCGAAAGCCAAACCCUAUAUCUUAGUCGAUAGAUCGCCCGACCUCAAGCCGAAGAGCACAAUCGCGAGAUCGACCACAUCAGAACGAUCCGCGACGAGAUCGAUGGGAUCAGAUGUCAAAGAUCGCCAGAUCGGCCGAACCGUGCAAUCAAAGAUCGGAGCCAAAGAGGAAUACGAUGAAACACCAGAUAAGAUCGCGAUGCCAAAGACGGAACAUAACCCAAUAAAGAUCGCGUCCAUGGAGAAGGAGACGACGGGUGAAGCGCGGGAGCGUGCAAAAUGGCAGUACUAUUAUGGCCAGUUGAAGACGCUGCUCAAGACGGACCCAGUGUUCAAGAUAUUAAGGCCCAAGGUGAUUGGUCCUCUGGAUAAGCCGAUCUCGGUCCCACUUCACGGGACCAACAAAGUCGACGAGAUCAAUUUGAUUUUGCAGAUGUUGGACGACAUGGGUAUCUGCCCUGACGCCCUUAAUGGAGAUGAACUGCUGAGUUGCAGCUUGGAACAGUUGAAGGACGCGGCGAAUGAGUUUGUAGAGAUCAUGAUAAUGCUGGUGGGCAAAGCGAAUACUCCUGAAGACAAGAUCGGGACGCCCUCGGGCUCGCUCCGUAAACACCCCGCGGGAUCGCCCCGUUACGCCUCGGAUGACUCCGAGAGCGAGUCAGAUGGAUCCAUCAGCAUUCGUCAGAUGUCUCUAGGACCAUUGGGUGGAAGGUUCUUAAAGGACAAGAUCGGACAAGCCAAGAUCUACGCCUAUAAGGGACAAGCCAAGAGCAACAUGCCGCAGAGAUCGGCCAGUACCCGCACUGGGCUGGAGGAUCAAGAAGAGGGCGAUCUAAGUCGGUACUUCAAUUCAGCCAUGAAGAAGUACGAGGCGGAGCAACGUACAGCUCAGCGAAUGAAUCGACAGCCAAACCGCUACCUAGAUCGACGUACUUUGCUCAAACCUUCACACGAAAGCCUUGACAUGCCGGAUGUGGAGAUGGAGUCGGUGGGGUCGGACAUUUACCAACAUAUCCAUGAGGGGGCGGAAUAA